AUGUUUAGUUUUGGAUAUAAAAAUUUAUAUGAGCCUAAACCUAUUAUACCUGGACCUGGGUAAUAUUGAAAUUAAUAUAGUGAUUAUGAAUUAAGAAAAGAUUUUCCUACUUAAACAACAUAGAAGAAAGAUAAGGGUUUGAAUCGUUCAGCUAGCAGCAAAAAAUUAUAUAAUGAUGAUUCUUUUGCUCAUAGACUAAAAAAUCAUAAUGAUUGUUAUGCAGAAUAUCAGUUAAAUACACAAAGGAAAUAUAUUGAAUUAAGCCCUAAACAAAAAUAAAUGCAUUCUUUUACGACAUCUUAAAGAUCAUAAUGUUUUUUAUUGCCAUAAAUUUCUAAAGGACCAUAAUAUUAUAAAAUCAAUGAUUAUAAAACUGAACAUUCACUCAAAAUAGGAAAAUAUUCAUCCAGAAAAGAAAUUUUUGAUAUUUAAAAUUAUAGUUAUUCAAAAAAUAAUUGUUCUAAAUUCGACUAAUCAAUUAGCAUAGAAUAAAAAAAACCAUAAAAUUAUUGGUCUGAAGAUAAACAUUAACAAAAAUAUAGUGUUUAUUAAUAUUAGAGAAUUAAACCUAUUCCUAAAUUUAGAGAAUAUUCAUAUCUGUAUAAAGAUAAAAUUGGUCCAAGUUUAAUUGAUUACCCAAAAGAAAAAAUAAAAGGAAGAAAAUUUAUAAAAAAUCAAAGAUUUAAAUUAAUAAAAAUUAAUAAAGCUGAUAUUCAUCAAGAAUACUUUAUUUCAAAAUUAAUUAAAGAUAAGGAUUAUUUAUCUUCAGAUGAAAUUGUUUCUAAUGCUUCAGAAGAAACAAUAACUCUUAAAGUUUUUGACUACUAUUAAAAAAUUUUCUUUGAUAAACAAAUUAAAGUUAAAAAAUCUCAAUAAGAUGAAAAAAAAAAGAAAAUACCUGGCCCAGGAAACUAUGAUUUAAUCUAUCAAUCAGGGAAAAAGUAUUCUUUUCCAAAAGGUAAAAGAUAUAAUAAGUUUUUUUUGGAUUUGUUAUGA